AAUGUAUUUUUCCAACAACCUCUUUAUAUAUAUAUAUAUAGAUAUAUAAAUCUGCGUGAUUAUUAUGAAUGUAUGUUUUUAUGUCUAUGUAUAUGCAUUAUCGAUUUGAUUCGACCAGUUCAUAUUUUUUCUGCAAGUUCCCAUUAAUGGCGUUUUGAAUACCAGUUUUGGAGCAUUAAAACGAAAACCCCUCUUUUUUUGUUGAGAUUUUUGCUUUCCCAACAUAAAAUUUUUUGGAGUAUUUUUUCGAAACGAAUCUAUUCGUGCAUUGGGAAUUUGGGAUUAUAAUAUUCCUUCUUUUUUUGGGUUUCUUGGCUGUAAACAGCUUCUUUUCUCUUCAUUCCAGCUCUCCUGAAUGGUGGGUUAUUCUUGGAGUGGCGAAUCAUUUAUUUUAAUGCGCUUGAAAUAGAGCGAGCGUGUCGUUGUGUUCAGAUCAGUAUUUGCAGAGAUUGAAAAUUAAGAGAAAGCAGAAGCCAAAAUGUUUGAUGGGAUGUUGAAAAGCAAGUUCGAUUGCAAAUGCAAAUCGGAUGUUAAGCUGACGAGGGCACGAGCUGAUUUGGUUAAGAAGAAGAGAAAUGCAAUGCAAAAGUACUGUAGCGUCUCUAUUCUGGCUGAAGGACUUCUGGUUGAGAUGAAUUUGACGAGCUGUUAUGAGUUUGUCGACCAAUGUUGUGAACAUAUAUCAAAGAAUGUCUCGGCUAUGGACAAACAGAAGGAAUGCCCUGAAGAAUGCAGAGAAGCAGUGUCGUCUCUGAUGUUUGCAGCUGCACGAUUUGCUGACAUGCCCGAACUGCGCGAGCUUAGAACUCUAUUUUCAGAGAGAUAUGGGAAUUCCCUUGAUUGUUUUAAAAUAAAUAAAGACAAAGAAAACUUUUCUGAGAAGAUGAGGUCUUGCCUGCCCUCAAAAGAAUCAAAACUUGAGCUGUUGCAAGAAAUAGCUGCUGAGUCUGGUUUGGACUGGGACUCGAAAGCCCUGGAAAAUAAGCUCUUUAAUGAAUCUGCAUACAACAAGGUAUAGUAAACUAUAGUAUUUCGAGUUUUAAUGUCUGACAAGUACUUGUUAGCCUACGUUAGUAAUUAUUGAGCAAAACGACACUCUUUUUCCAAGGAGUUUU